AUGAAGUGGUCCAUGUCUGCAACACAAUUUGUAAACUUAAAGAUCAACAAGUCUAGAAAUAAAAGUUUUGGGUACAUAGUGGACAGAAUCAGAGAUAAACUCCAAAGUUGGAAGGAAAAGACUCUAUCCUAUGCUGGCAUAGUAACUCUUAUAAAAUCUAUUACUCAAGCUAUUCCAAAGUCAUUGGUUCUUAUUAUUGCAAUAUCCAUCACCAUUGGAACACUCUACCUUGUUUUUAGGCCAAAGCUUCCUAAAUACUCAGUAGACAGAUUGAGAAUAGCACAGUUCAAUCUGUCUGAUAAUAACAAUCUUUUUGUUACCUUCGAUGUAACAGUAACUGCUAGAAAUCCAAACAAGAAGAUUGGAAUAUAUUAUGGUCAUCGGAAUAUAACCGUGCUUAAUCUACCUUUAACAGGUCAAACACAAGAUGCAACUGGUUUAGUAAAUACUUUGCAGCAGCAGCUGCAAGAGAAAGGUAAUUUACCUCUGAAUAUUAAGGUGAAUCAGAAUGUGAGGGUUAAGAUUGUUUCUCAACAAUACUUCCAGAAAAAGGAAGAAGAGAAAACUAUACUGCCCCAAAUUUCUAAGGUGCUUUCAACUCAAGAUGCCUCAAGUAGUGGAGAAUAUGAAACUUCAGGAUCUAGUGGGUAUGGUACUGGUAGUGCUGCUGGGCUUACAGGAAUUAUGGUGGCAAAGUCAACAGAGUUUUCAUAUCAAGAACUAGCUAAGGCUACAAAUAACUUUAGUUUGGAUAAUAAAAUUGGUCAAGGUGGAUUCGGAGCUGUCUAUUAUGCCGAACUCCGAGGCGAGAAAACAGCAAUUAAGAAAAUGAAUGUACAAGCAUCAACAGAAUUUCUUUGUGAGUUGAAGGUCUUAACACAUGUUCAUCAUUUGAAUCUGGUGAGGUUGAUUGGAUAUUGUGUUGAGGGAUCGCUUUUCCUUGUAUAUGAACAUAUUGACAAUGGAAACUUGGGUCAAUAUUUGCAUGGUUUAGGUAAAGAGCCAUUACCAUGGUCUAGUAGAGUCCAAAUUGCUCUAGAUUCUGCAAGAGGCCUUGAAUACAUUCAUGAACACACUGUGCCAGUUUAUAUCCAUCGCGAUGUAAAAUCAGCAAACAUAUUGGUAGACAAAAACUUGCGGGGAAAGGUUGCAGAUUUUGGCUUGACCAAACUUAUUGAAGUUGGAAACUCCACACUUCACACUCCCCUGGGCCGAAGAUUCGAAGGUGAUGCAACGGAGGAGGCUGCUGGUGUUGGUGAUUGUGCCGUUGAUGCGAGGUGGAGGGUAAUGGUUAGAGGACGACGAAGGGAUGAAGGAUGGAGACGGUUGACAAUUGAUGGUGGUGGUUGGUAA